AGUCCUUUACACGGAUACACGCCAUAUUUGUUAUCGAGUUAAUUCAACUAAAUCGCCUAGAAAAGAAAUCUUAUAGCCCUCAAAAUACAUUCUAUACUCUUACAAACACUCAUAGUGUAUAAAGAAUGCCUCUWUUGGAGAAACUGUCGUCUUUAAAAACGAUAUCGUCGAAGCGAUUUGUCUWUGACGAUGAAGGCUURUCUUCCAAGAAUAGUUCACCUCAUCCGRCUUUCGAAAAGAUGAAAUCUUGUGACUAUUCAGUUGAGGUGUCAUCAGAAAGCUCUGAAGAUGAGGAAUCUUUUCCUUGGGCGACAGAUAAAUUCGCUAAGCAAAAGGAAGCAGGAAGCAAGGAGUUGUUGCUUGUGUCGCUACAAGAUGAACCCAAGGAAGACCGACUAGAACCAAAGUCGCUUGACAUUUACGACAUCGAUCCUAAAAAGAAGUCCUACGAGUGGAAGCUUGGGGCGCUGGAUCAAGGAAGGAAACAAUCGCCCGUAGAAAGCGACGACCUGACUUGGACACCUUCGUCUUUGAAAGUGGCCGUCGAAACAUUGUGGGGCCGUGUUCCUUCCAAGAGUCCYUUCUUUCCGUUCUUCGAAGAGAAGAAGCCAUGCGAAAGCGAACAUUCAGAGAGUGAGAAACCCUCAUCAACCAUUGUAAAGAAAACAGAGCCAAAGAAAAGAAAAGAGAUAGGUGCUCCUGCUGAGAAAUCUGUUUUGACACCAAAAAAGAAUAAAGUGUCUGCCGAGAAGAAAAGAGUUUUCAAAAGGCAUGGUAUUGGGAAAAAGAAGAGGAARAUAUAUGAGAUAAUUGUUCCAGAUGUUGAUAAUAAAGUAAAGAGAAAAGCCAAAAAAGUGACAAGACCAAAACAAAAGCCAAAGAGGAGUGUUUCCAGCYCAAAUUCAUAUGAAAUUCCUUCWGGCUACAGUUGUGUUGACUCAGGUGUGAGUGCUGGAAACAGUUACAGUAGCAAUGGUGGCAAUGAAAGUGGAGCAUACAAUAAUGGUGGCAAUGGUGGAAGUAACUGUGGGGGRGGUGGUGGGGGUGGUGGCUUCCACAAGAAGGGAGGUUUAGGAGGUCAUGGRGGYGAUGAUCAUGAUGGGAAAAAGCCAUUUAGURCCYUUGAUGUCAACAUGGAAGAGGAGGAGGAAGAAGAUGAGGAAGAUGAUGUCAAGAUGGUCUCCAAGAGUAGUUCACACAUGGACUGUGAUGAACAAGGACAAGGUUUUGUCCAUAGCACCCCUUAUGAGACAUUCAACUUCAAGUCGCAGCAUCUCCAGCAUGCUGCAUACUGUCGUAAUGAUAACUGCACCAGACCUCUCUGCCAUGAGAUGAAAAGAGAAAUASAACAUAUACACAGUCACAACUGCAAUGAGAAUUGCCAUCGUUGCUGCAAGACUCUCCAAUUGGUGAAYUARCAUGCAGCAAAUUGUAAAUUGCCUUGCUGCCGAGUGUAUCUGUGUAACAGUUUAAGAGAAAAGAAAGAUGUUGUGCAGGAGCCAGUUCCUGUACUUCAACAUCCACCAGUUCCAACUUUCAUUCCAAUAUGGAACAGUCAACCAGAUGUUGAUGGGCGAGUAGUUCUCAAUAACACUAAGCUAAAGUUUGGGACAUACUUCCAAGAAAAUAUAGACUACAUCAAAAACGAAAAAGUGGGAAAUGGGACUAAUGGCCAUGUGUACAAAGUUCAAUUCACUCCAACAUCACCAUUGUAUAAUGUACCAAAUCAGGUGGUUAAAGAGACAGGAUAUCAGAUAUCCAAAGAAGAAGUUGAAGUUUAUAAACUCAUUGGUGAUCAUCCCAAUYUCCUAAAACACAAUCUUGUGGUAAUGAAGGGAAGCAGUGGACAUGCCUCUAUAUUCAUGGAAGAAUGUGACAUGUCCCUCAAGGAUAUACUUUGUCAGCAUCGCAUGGACGACAAGGAGUGUAUAUUUUAUUUCCAUCAAGUUGUUGAUGGAGUAAAGCACAUCCAUGACCAAGGAGUGAUACAUAAAGAUAUCAAAGCCCAAAAUAUCCUCUUGUCAGGAUUGGUGGGUAAUGGUGAACACUUGAGGGCAAAGCUUGCAGACUUUGAUGCUGCCAAAAUCCUUGAAAGUGAAUUCACUGCUAGUGGCUUGAAACCUAUGGGUACYCAAGGAUUUGUGUCUCCUGAGGUGAUGCAAUGCCUCCCACAUGGAAGGCCAGCAGACAUCUACAGCUUYGGCUGCUUGUUGCUUGAGAUGAAGGGUUUUACACCUAAUCUUGAUCAACUUGAUAUGCAGCGUGAGGAGCUUGGGAAGAUCAGCCCAGARCUCAGCAYGAUUGUGGAGUUAUGUGUGCAAAAGGAUCCUGGAAAAAGACCUACUGCCGCAGAUAUGCAACAAAUUCUUCAAGGGUGCAAUGUUACUGAUGCACUGUAGUUACAUUCAACUUGCAUCAAGAGGCACACUUCCCUUGGACAAAAUUUUUCUGCUGCCUUUCGUGUUUUUAACCCGUAGAUUGAGUUAGCAAUCGAAAAGUCAUUAAAUGACAAGCUUUUCAUGAAGCUGCAUCACUAAUGUAAAUAUUGAAUAUACAAAAAAUGAAAAAUAAAUAAAUAAAUAAAUAAAAUCAAAAAUAAUAAAAUUCCCCCCAAAAAUUUCCACUUAUAGGUWAAUGAUAAAAUUGUAAAUUGCUGGUAGGUUUACAAACAGAAGUGCUGUAAAAAUGCUUUUAAUAGCUGUGCUAUUUUUAAAAUAAAAAGUAGUGGAAACUUCA